GGAUAAUUCAGUUGGUCUGGUCUAUUUCAUCCCAGCAGAAUGCAGCUGUCACUACUGCCAUUUUUGUUGCUUCUGGCUCCAGCCAUCAGGAGUAAUGGUCCCCCAAGGUCAGUACUGACCCUGGAACCCCCAUGGUUCAAUGUGCUCCGAGGGGACAAUGUGACUUUAAAUUGUAAAGUGUUCCAGACCCUUGGACACCAUUCCAUUGAAUGGCUCCACAAUGGGUCAGCUCUCCCCAUCCACCAGGACUCCUAUACCAUCCCAGCUGUCAACAUCGGGGACAGUGGGGAAUACCAGUGCAGGACAGAACACACUGCUCUGAGCAACUCUGUGAAACUACAGGUCUUUAGUGACUGGCUGCUACUCCAAGUAGAGAGAUUAGAGUUCAUGGAAGGUGACUCUAUGAUCCUGAGGUGCCAUGGUUGGAGGAGCAAACCACUGCACAAAGUCACAUACUACCACAAUGGAACUGUCUUAAAGUUUCACAAUUGGGUUUUCAACUAUAUUGUCUCUCGAAUGAACCAUACUCACAGUGGUUCCUACUACUGUGAAGGGAACAUUGGGAGUGCUAGGCAUCAAUCCGCAGCUGUGGUCAUCAUUGUCCAAGCACCUGUAAGCCCCUAAACCUCAAUAUUUUGGUGACCUGUUCGGGGAGGCUGCCUAAUCCCAAGGUCUUCUCCAGCAAAGACUGCAAGGUUCAGAGGGGAAAAUCUUCAAUCUGGGUUAAGAAUUUGAGGUUCACUAAUCCAGGCAUCAGAAUCCAGUCCAGGGGUUGCAGCCUCACAGCGUCAAUGACAUGAGGAGCAAGGAACAAGGAGCUUCCUUGGGAGAGACCUUCAAGACCCCAGCCCAUAGGGAGGACUCACCUGGCAGUGAUUUUGGCCUUCAAAUGAAAUGGACAGGACCGAUGCUAUGGCGAGAACUCAGUGUCUUAUUCACUUUAAAGUACACAAAUAAUCCCGAGGAAGAAGCAUCAGGACACUCAACUUCUCGGAAUCCCCAGGACUCAUGACCACCUCUAUCCCUCCCACAGUGGCCCUAACCUGCUUGUUCCCACAAGCACCAGGUUGAGGAACCUGGUGGACCUAAGCCUGGAGACCAACUACCUCAUGAACCAACUUUGCCAUUCUAGACAUCACUGAAAAACAACUCAACGACAACAACACUAGCCCCCGGGGCCUCAGCCUAGUGUUGCCUGCCUAGUCAUUCAGCCAGACUAUCUUGUACCUACUGCCUUUUGUGUUAUCUGGAUUGGAGAACAUAAGACUUCCUUUAUUUGUGGCACAGAGGGGGUCAUUUUCAUUGUUGUGCUUGGAGCUACAGAAGAAGGAAGGUUUACUAGUGGCCUCGACUGAAGAAAGCAUCUGGAGAAUAUAAAGAUGGAGCAUCCUACACCAGUGCAAUGGAGAUCCUGGCUCCAGGUUGCAGAGGUUUGCUUGGACUACAACAGACAGCCAAUGUGACAGCAGCCCCUCAGGAGCAGAACCUUGCUUGGGGCCUUGACAAAGUCAGGGAAAAAUAAGAGGUCAGGGGAGAAGAACGAAAUUAAUAAAGAUCUCUGGAAGAAGAAAAGUUGAGGACCUUGAAUAUAGGCAGAUAAAUCAAAAGGGAAAACAUUAACAACAGAAGGCGAUAUGACCUCCAGGUCUAGUAAAUGAGUUCAAGCAUCUAUGAAAAAAUACAGCAAAAGAAAGGAAAAUGACUCAAUACUUGAUAAGACAGAGGAACCUGUGGACUGUAAUGGGAAGAUGGAACCACAACAUGAAGUUCCUGAGAGGUGCAAAAAUGAAAUGAGAAUUGUGAGAGCAGAAUUUAUGGCCUGCACAGCAAAAGC